UAAACAACAACUGCCCAGUCGUUGACGCUUCGUCCGUCCGUCGUCUCGUCUCGUGUGCCCGCUCUGCGGCUCGCACUACACACUACGGCACUACCCAGUACCCAAUGAACCCAUUGGGUUGAAAUUGAACCCAGUGCCAGUACCCGAUCGACGAACCAACGCUCAGCCACUGAAACAAUCGGGAAAUGAGCCGGCGGAGUUAAGAAACGACAUCUCGUCUCAAACUGACUGAAAAAUGGAAAAGGGUGACUGGGGAAGUAUGCAGCCUGUUAGUACCGCUAUGGACAACCUUUCCUCGGCAAUCAAGUCCAACAUAAUCCCUAACCAGGAGUACCUACUGCAAGGAAGCGUACUUGACACCGCUGUAGAAGUCUUGCUUCAUAGGUUGAGAGGGCUGUGUGACAAUGUCGACACUGGCCCUGAGACCUUCCAUGAUCAUGAGAUGUGUUUCAGCAUAAUGAAUUUAGACGCAGGCGCAUCGCCUCAACCACUAGUCUUAAGAGUGAGAAGAGCGAUCGAUUUUCCAGAGCUGCCCUGGCAACUUAGAUACAUAGGCCAGCCAGAAGGAACUGGUGACAAGUCUCGUCCAACUAUUGUGAGAAGCAGCAUAGAUAUAGGGACGAGCUCGACCGUUGUGGAAUUCCUUACGGAAAUGGGCUGUAGAAUGGACUUCGAAUAUGUCGCGCGUGGCUACAUGUUUCGAAAAGGAAGAAUGAAAAUUACAGUUUCAAAAAUAUUUAAGAUGGGACAAGGCAAGCCGCCAGAGAGUUACGAAGCCAUAUCGCAGUCUUACUUAGUGGAGCUGAGCGUGCUCGCACCCAGUGGGCAAGAUGCGAUAGCAGAAGAUAUGAGGAGUUUCGCCGAGCAACUUCGGCCGUUGGUCCUUCUUGAGAAAGUUGACUACAAGCGGCUGCCUAUGUCAUUAGGGCCUUAGUUGUAAAUGUUUGUAAAUAAUGUAAAUAAAAGCUGUAAACUUCUAA